AUGGCUGCGAGUGCGAAUACGACGGGGACUAAUCAGGAAGGUUCGUCGAACAGGAAGGUAACGGCUCCUCCUCCACCAACCAAUGGCGUUUCCGUCAAUUCGAACGGGGGCAAUACCUCCACGGCCGCUGUCUCGGCUGAUACGCAGUCCUCGUUGAGGCACAACCCUGGCAUCUCCGCCGACUGGACUCCCGAUGAACAAUCGAUUCUCGAAGAUUUGCUCGCCAAGUAUGCCUCUGAUUCAAUCAUAGUUCGUUAUGCUAAGAUUGCAAUGAAGUUGAAGGACAAAACAGUUCGGGAUGUGGCACUGCGUUGUAGAUGGAUGACUAAAAAGGAAAAUGGCAAACGAAGGAAAGAGGAUCAUAAUUCAGCAAGGAAAAAUAAAGACAGAAGGGAAAAGGGUUCGGAUUCUUCGGCAAAGUCUACAUCUCAUUUAACAACUAGGCCAAAUGGUCCUUCAUAUGCUCCACCAAUGACCCCUAUGGACAAUGAUGAUGGCAUCUCAUACAAAGCCAUCGGUGGUGUGACAGGAGAGCUACUUGAACAAAAUGCUCAAAUGUUUAAUCAAAUUUCUGCAAAUUUUGCAGCUUUCCAGAUACAUGAUAACAUCAAUCUCUUAUGCAAAACCCGGGACAACAUCCUCACAAUCUUGAAUGACUUGAAUGACAUGCCAGAAGUAAUGAAACAAAUGCCUCCGCUUCCAGUCAAGGUGAAUGAAGAACUGGCCAACUCCAUCCUCCCUCGAUCAUCUCAUCAGAUGAAAUCAUGAUUCAGGGCUUACUGAUGAUACUGCUGACUAUUUGUCUCGAGCUAGGAAUUCUCAAUUCAAAUCUGAAAAGGAGGGAAAAAAAAAAACAGAAAAAAGAAAUGGUCACUUGGGCAAGUUGUUUGUCAAUUUAAACUUGCUUUCUAGAUGUCUGUUAUUUCUGGUAAAUUAGAAUGCAACAAGUUUCAUUUCUUCAUGCUUUAAAUCUUUUUUUCUUUUUCAGUUGAUUAAUUUUAGGAACUAAUAGUCUAUGUAGCUUGUGAAUAUUUAGUUAUGUAGAAGGAAAUUCUGUCUGUAUAAUCAUUGAACAAUAUUCAAUUCUAGUCGCAUUUCAAUGGAAAGAUAUAAACAGUUUAAUAGCCUAUUUUAGGCACCGCA